AUGAGGAGUCUGUUGGCACUGCUGAUCGUGACUCUGGCCCUGGCUGAACUCUGCUGCUGUGAGAAAGAUCCCAAAGAACCCUCAGGAUCUCUCAGUGCUGACAGCAUCAAGAUUAAAAAAGAAGUUGCCAAUGCCUUUGUGAAGAGGAAGAAGAGAUCCAGCCCUUAUGAAUGGUACUUCGAGUAUUAUAAAAGUCCUCUGGAGCAGAUGCACGAGCGCUGUGAGAACUACCCCCCCUGUGACCUCCUCUCCGACCAAGUGGGGUUUGCCUUGGCCUACAACCGCUUCUUUGGGAGAUACUGAGCAUGGGAAGGUUUGGCUUGGAACACUCCAAACCCCACAGGGGAAAGAAGGCUGUGGUUGGGAAGGAGGGAAGGAAAACAUCUGGACUGGCAUCUCCUUCUGUUGCCUCCCUAACCAGCUGGAAAACCAAGGCAGGGAUUAUCCCACUUGUUGAGCUUCCACUAACUUUCUUCCUUUCAUCAAUAAAAUCUCUCUUCAGGCAUCUUUGUGGUAUUUUGAGCUUCACCAGAAGACUCUGUCUUACUUCCUUCCACCUGAAUCCCCAGCACACAAUAGGAGAA